AUGUCUAAAUUUGUCAUUACCUGCAUAGCCCAUGGGAAAAACCUCCCACAAGAAACUAUUGAUCAGAUCGCCAAAGAAAUUAUCAAAAGCUCGACAAAGGAGACAUCAAUCAAGAACAUUAAGAAACUAUCAACGAGAGCUACUGAUAUAUUUGUUGAAGUAGCAGAAUCUGUUCUCCAAAAGACUUUCAGAAAUGAGUUGAUGUGCCUGAUUGAAGGCCGUGACGAUGUUGAUUUGAUUGUUUCCGCUGACAAUGAAUAUCGUCAAGCUAAAAAGCUAUUCGUUUUCGACAUGGAUUCAACAUUGAUCUACCAAGAGGUCAUUGAACUUAUUGCUGCAUACGCUGGUGUUGAAAAGCAAGUGCACGAUAUCACAGAAAGAGCCAUGAACAACGAACUAGAUUUCAAAGAGUCCCUAAGGGAACGCGUCAAGUUGUUGAAGGGUCUCCAAAUCGAUACAUUAUAUGACGAAAUAAAACAGAAAUUGGAAAUUACCAAAGGCGUGCCUGAACUAUGUAAGUUCUUGCACGACAAAGACUGUAAACUUGCUGUUUUAAGCGGCGGAUUUAUCCAGUUUGCCAGUUUUAUCAAAGACCAGCUAAACUUAGAUUUUUGCAAAGCAAACUUGUUAGAAGUAGGUGCUGGCGGAAAAUUGACCGGUAAGACAUUAGGUCCUAUUGUAGACGGGCAAUGCAAGAGCGAGACACUUCUGCAGCUGUGUAACGACUACACAGUUCCUGUUGAAGCGAGCUGCAUGGUGGGUGACGGUGGUAAUGACCUACCGGCCAUGGCUGCCGCUGGGUUUGGGAUUGCAUGGAACGCCAAGCCAAAAGUACAAAAUGCUGCGCCCUGCAGAUUGAAUACCGAGUCCAUGACUGAUAUCCUGUACAUCCUCGGCUACACUGAUGACGAAAUAUAUGAUAGACAAUAA